CAUCUCGCCACCAUGGCCUACUCCCUUGCAUCCCGCCCAAAGCGGCCCUCAACAGCCUCAUCCCUCAUGAGCAAGCUCACCCUCAUCGCCUUUGUCCUCGUCGCCCUUCUCUGCUUCCUCCCUGCCGGCGUGCGCGCCGAGGACAAGGAGGACGUAGGUACUGUUAUCGGUAUUGACUUGGGAACCACCUACUCUUGUGUCGCUGUCCAGCGAGGCGGAAAGGUCGAGAUCAUCGCCAACGACCAAGGAAACCGUAUCACCCCCUCAUGGGUCGCAUUCACCGAAGAGGAACGUCUCAUCGGUGACGCCGCCAAGAACCAGGCUUCCAAUAACCCCGAGAACACUGUCUUUGACGCCAAGCGACUCAUCGGUCGGUACUUUAGCGACCCCGAUGUCACUCGUGACAGGAAGCACUGGCCUUUCAAGAUUGUCAGCAAGGAGGGCAAGCCCAUGAUCCAGGUCAACCACAGGGGCGACCUCCGAGACUUUACUCCCGAGGAAGUUUCUGCCAUGGUUCUCACCAAGAUGAAGGAGACUGCCGAGGCCUACCUUGGCCACAAGGUCACUCACGCCGUCGUGACUGUGCCCGCCUACUUUAACGAUGCUCAGCGAUCUGCUACCAGGGACGCUGGUACCAUCGCCGGUCUUACUGUUCUUCGUAUCGUCAACGAGCCCACCGCCGCCGCCAUCGCCUACGGUCUUGACCGAUCUACCAAGAAAGAGUCCCAGAUCAUUGUGUACGACCUCGGAGGUGGUACAUUCGAUGUCUCCCUUCUUUCUAUCGAGGACGGUGUCUUUGAAGUCUUGGCUACUGCCGGUGACACUCACCUUGGUGGUGAAGACUUUGACAACCGUGUCAUUGAGUACCUCGUCAAGCAGUACAAGAAGAAGACCGACGUCGACGUUUCCAAGAACAACAGGGCUAUGGGUAAACUCAAGCGUGAGGUCGAAAAGGCCAAGCGAACUCUGUCCAGCCAGAUGAGCACCAAGAUUGAAAUCGAGGCUUUCGAGAACGGUAACGACUUUGCCGAGACCCUCACCCGAGCCAAGUUUGAGGAGCUCAACAUGGACCUUUUCAGAAAGACCAUGAAGCCCGUCGAGCAGGUCCUCAAGGACGCUGGUGUCAAGAAGGACGAGGUCGACGACAUUGUGCUCGUUGGUGGUUCUACCCGUAUCCCCAAGGUCCAGCAGCUUUUGAAGGAGUACUUCAACGGCAAGGAGCCUUCCAAGGGUAUCAACCCCGACGAGGCCGUUGCCUACGGUGCCGCUGUCCAGGGUGGUAUUCUCUCUGGCGAGGCCGGAAGCAGCGAUGUCCUCCUCAUCGAUGUCUGCCCUUUGACUCUUGGUAUUGAGACCACCGGUGGUGUCAUGACCAAGCUGAUUGCGCGAAACUCUGUUGUGCCCACCAAGAAGUCUCAAAUCUUCUCUACCGCCGCCGACAACCAGCCCACCGUCAGGAUCCAGGUCUUUGAGGGUGAGCGAUCGAUGACCAAGGACAACAACAUGCUUGGUGAAUUCGACCUCAACAACAUCCCUCCUGCUCCCCGAGGUGUCCCUCAGAUUGAGGUCACUUUUGAGAUUGACGGUGAGUGUCGGUGUCUGCUCUGAGAUUGUUUGCUUAUGUGGUAUAGCCAACGGUAUCCUCCGAGUUUCUGCCGCCGACAAGGGCACUGGCAAGGUCGAGUCCAUUACCAUCACCAACGACCAGCGACGACUCUCCCCCGAGGAGAUUGAGCGCAUGGUCCAGGAGGCGGAGGAGUUCGCCGACGAGGACGCCGCGGUCAAGAAGAGGAUCGAGUCUCAGAACGGUCUCCAGAACUUUAUCUUCUCUCUCAAGUCUCAGGUUGGCGACGCCGAGGGUCUCGGUGGCAAGCUUUCCGAGGAUGACAAGGACACUGUUCUUUCCGCCAUCAAGGAGAAGACUGAGUGGCUUGAGGAGCACCCCCAGGCGGAGGCCGAAGACUACGAGGAGCAGCUCUCUGAGCUCCAGGCUACUGUCGCUCCCAUCACUUCCAACUUGUACAGUGGUGGUGGCAGCGCCUACGACGAGGAGAUGCCUUUCGGUGGUCACGACGAGCUCUAAGCAGUGGAUUGUAGAGAGUCAUAAAAAAUCAGCCUAUCCCAGGGAUGAUGAUGCAUCAAUUGAACAUGAAGC